AUGGCACUCAGGGCAAAGGCAGAGGUGUGCAUGGCAGUGCCCUGGCUGUCCCUGCAAAGGGCACGGGCACUGGGCACUAGAGCCGCUCGGUCCCCUAGGACGGUGCUGCCCUUUGAAGCCAUGCCCCAGCGUCCAGGCAACAGGUGGCUGAGGCUGCUGCAGAUCUGGAGGGAGCAGGGUUAUGAGCACCUGCACCUGGAGAUGCACCAGACCUUCCAGGAGCUGGGGCCCAUUUUCAGGUACAACUUGGGAGGACCACGCAUGGUGUGUGUGAUGCUGCCAGAGGACGUGGAGAAGCUGCAACAGGUGGACAGCCUACAUCCUCGCAGGAUGAUCCUGGAGCCCUGGGUGGCCUAUAGACAACAUCGUGGGCACAAAUGUGGCGUGUUCUUGCUGAAUGGGCCUGAAUGGCGCUUCAACCGAUUGCGGCUGAACCCAGAUGUGCUGUCUCCCAAGGCCGUGCAGAGGUUCCUCCCGAUGGUGGAUGCGGUGGCCAGGGACUUCUCCCAGGCCUUGAAGAAGAAGGUGCUGCAGAACGCCCGGGGGAGCCUGACCCUGGACGUCCAGCCCAGCAUCUUCCACUACACCAUAGAAGCCAGCAACUUAGCUCUUUUUGGAGAGCGGCUGGGCCUGGUUGGCCACAGCCCCAGCUCUGCCAGCCUGAACUUCCUCCAUGCCCUGGAGGUCAUGUUCAAAUCCACCGUCCAGCUCAUGUUCAUGCCCAGGAGCCUGUCUCGCUGGACCAGCCCCAAGGUGUGGAAGGAGCACUUUGAGGCCUGGGACUGCAUCUUCCAGUACGGUGACAACUGUAUCCAGAAAAUCUAUCAGGAACUGGCCUUCAACCGCCCUCAACACUACACAGGCAUUGUGGCGGAGCUCCUGUUGAAUGCGGAACUGUCACUAGAAGCCAUCAAGGCCAACUCUAUGGAACUCACUGCAGGGAGCGUGGACACGACGGCGUUUCCCUUGCUGAUGACGCUCUUUGAGCUGGCUCGGAACCCCGAUGUGCAGCAGGCCCUGCGCCAGGAGAGCCUGGCUGCUGCAGCCAGCAUCAGUGAACAUCCCCAGAAGGCAACCACCGAGCUGCCCUUGCUGCGGGCGGCCCUCAAGGAGACCUUGAGGCUCUACCCUGUGGGUCUGUUUUUGGAGCGAGUGGUGAGCUCAGACUUGGUGCUUCAGAACUACCACAUCCCAGCUGGGACAUUGGUGCAGGUUUUCCUCUACUCGCUGGGUCGGAACCCCGCCUUGUUUCCGAGGCCUGAGCGGUAUAAUCCCCAGCGCUGGCUAGACAUCAGGGGCUCCGGCAGGAACUUCCACCACGUGCCCUUUGGCUUUGGCAUGCGCCAGUGCCUGGGGCGGCGCCUGGCAGAAGCGGAGAUGCUGCUGCUGCUGCACCACGUGCUGAAGCACUUCCUGGUGGAGACACUAAUCCAAGAGGACAUAAAGAUGGUCUACAGCUUCAUAUUGAGGCCCGGCACGUCCCCCCUCCUCACUUUCAGAGCGAUCAACUAG